AAAAACUGCUUUUGCUACUUAUCAAAUGCUUUGGUUGUCUAAUCAACCCGAGCAUUUGUGAAAAUUUUAAUAAAAGAAAUUCACAAAUGCUUGUGUUGAUUAGUCAACCGGAGCAUUUGAUGUCAAAUGCUCCGGUUGAUUAAUCAACACAAGCAGUUGUUAAUAAGUGCUCCGCGACCGUCAACCCGAGCAUUUGGCUGUCUUUUUUUAUUACUAAUUAAUUCCCCCUACUUCCCUCCCUCUUCUAAUCAAAUUACUGCUCUCCCAGUAUUUUGCCUUUCUGUUUUCUCCCUCCCUUCACUGGUUUAUCUUUCUCUCUCAUCCUGUCUUCAUAUCUUCCAUACUCCAUUUCUGCCCUCCUUUUCUCCAUCUCCUUAUUGUCACCUUGGUUUCCACUUCAAUUUUCACUUGCAUUAUUUCACCCAUAAGUAAGUGGCUCGAUUUUAUUUUUCGAUUUCUGAUUUAUUUUUGUUCUAAAACUUGAACCCUAGAAAUCGAAGAAGAUUUAUUUCUCCCUUUCAUGAGUUCCUCUCUCUCUGUCUCAUCACGCCCCUGAAACCAUACAAAUUCUAGCUGAGAAAAAGUUUUAAUUUUCAUUUUCUCUCUUUUAUUUUCAAGAUUUAACUUAUCAAUUGUUUAAUUACCAUUACCAAGCAACCUGUAGGAUUUCCUUUCUCUCAUAUCAAAUCGAUUUCGCCGUUCUCAUAACUUUUGGGGCACGCGAAUAACAUCAAAAAUUAAGGUUUCGAUUGAAAUAGCUUUCGCGUCCUCUCAUCAUUCCUCUCUUUGAUUCCGUUGAAAGAACCGAAUUUUCGUUUAUGUUGCCGAUAGAUUGCAGAUCUAUGUUUUUUGAAGGGUUAAUUUGAUGGGUUAUUAGGUCUCUCUCCCUCACUCCGUCACAAUCCGCCAACAACUGUUGCAUGUCCGUCACCACUAACGACUCCUCUCCUUCACUGUCGCAGUGCCGCCCACCUCGCCAGCAACGUCUUUAUUUGUCAUUCCAUUAUUGCAAGUAUAGGCGAGAUGAAAACCAGCUCUACAUAUUUUCUGAUGGUGUUUAUCCUAGAUGGCUAACUGCAUCACACCAUGUAGAUUUUGACACAAUGGCUGGUGCAGAUAAGUUUGGGAAUGUAUAUUUUGUUCGGUUACCUCAGGAUGUCUCCGACGAGAUUGAAGAAGACCUGACUGAUGGGAAAAUAAAAUGGGAGCAGGGUAAACUGAAUGGAGCUCCAAACAAGAUGGAGGAGAUCGUUCAGUUUCAUGUUGGUGAUGUUGUGUCCAGCUUGCAGAAGGCAUCUCUCAUACCUGGUGGUGGAGAAUGUAUUAUUUAUGGCACUGUGAUGGGGAGCUUGGGGGCUUUCCUUCCUUUCACCUCCCGUGAUGAUGUUGACUUCUUUUCUCACUUGGAAAUGCAUUUGAGACAGGAGAAUCCACCUCUGUGUGGUAGAGAUCAUAUGGCCUAUAGAUCUGCAUAUUUUCCUGUUAAGAUAUAAAUGGAGAUCCAUGCGGACCAUGCUGAUUGAACUUCACUUUUAAGCCUUGCUACAUGUUUUUCCUUGAAAGCAUGGAUGUUAUUUGAAGCUUAUAGUUUAAUUUUAAGUGCCAAACUUUCAUAUGAUGUUGUUGAUGGUGUUUCCACUGUACUGUAAAUAUUUUUAGGAGGUUUAGUGAUAAUGAAAUUUAAAGCAAGAUAGAAGAUACAUAUGACUGUAUAAUUAUGAUGAGAGAUGCAUCUUUCUUUUGUUUAGAUCUAUAAUUCUUACCUGUUUUUCACAAUACUUUUUGUAGAAUACUAAUUAUGGUGUCGUAAACGCA